AUGACUUUUUGGGACGAAUCCGUGUCCGUAGGGAGGCAAUCAGACUGUCAGCUGACCGGGAGUCAGAUAAACGAAAUGAUCUUUUACACUCGUCCUUUGAGCAACCAGUUUGACUCAAGUUUGCAGCCGGUAUUUAUAGAAAUACCCCCAGUGGGACGUAAAAAGAAAGCGAUCACGUUUAAAACUGUAAACAAGAACAGUCGUGAGGAGUUACGCCGGAUAAUUAUUUCAUCGAUUUUCGACCACGCAUUUCUCAUGGCAAUCCUUUCUCGUUUAAUAAGAAGUGUUUGCAACUUUCACCCCACGAUUAAGAGACAGCUAAUAAGAAACUCGCCUCGGUUAUUCUUUAAAACAAAUUACGCUACUGCUGCUCUGUGGAAAACAAGUUCUUCGGCUGUUCAGAAUGUUCACAAGAAUGGCGACUCUCCGAUGCUGCAUGUAACCUGGAGUGACAGUACAUCAAGUCGUUUUCCCUUCGUGUAUCUACGAGACAACUGCCAAUGCCCAGAAUGCUUCCACGAAUCCUCUCUCCAGCGGAACUACGAUUCCAUUGCUCAUCUGAACAUGGAAAUCCAGCCAGAGCGCGUCGAUGUUUUGCAGAAAGGAAAACAGAUUUCUUUGACGUGGCCUGACAAACACAUCAGUGUCUUUAACUCGCAGUGGCUGCACGCAAGACGCCUUUUGGAAGAAAAAGAUAUGAAAGAGCGCCCGUCGUCGCUCCGCAAAGAGGGAGUGAUUUUCUGGAAUGCUGAGCGGCUCAACGGAAGGAUUCCGCGCCACGAUUUUCAGGAAAUCGUCGACGACGACCUUAAGUUAUACGAAUGGCUUUAUUCUCUGCAUGGCUUUGGAAUAGCGCUUGUGACCAAUGUCCCUGUUGAGCCGGGCCAGGUCGACAAAUUAAGUUCAAGGAUUGGAUUCGUCAAACCAACUCAUUAUGGGUAUGAAAAUGAUAAAGAAGUGAAUAUUAUUACAUUUAAGUUUAUCUCUUACCGUAAAAUUCCGAAAAUAAGCCCCUCCAUGUAUAAGCCCCUCUAUUUGAUAUAAGCCCCCCAAACCGGUAACGCAAAAAACCCUCCGUUAAAUCGCCGCUCCAAAUAUAAGCCCCCCGGGGGCUUGUACUUGGAAAAUUGCCCUCAAAUACAAAGUAAAACAAAUCAAAAACGGUAAAUUUACUUCCAACUAUAAGGCUAGCCCAAUCGAUUUUCAAACGCAAAUUUCCCUCCAUAGAUAAGCCCCUCCGAAUAUAAGCCCCUCCAAUAAUAGGCCCCUCAAAAAGGGCCUUUGCAAAAUAUAAGCCCCGGGGCUUAUUUUUAGAAUUUUACGGUAUGUGAACAAAUCCUCAUCUGUAUGUGUGUGAUCUAACAAAACCUUGCCCCACCACCGCCCCUAACCCCACACAACCACCACCACCACCCCCACCACUCAUGCCUUUUGAACUAACUUUUCAGACUACCCUGAUCUAUUGUCAAAAACACUUGAAUGUAGAAUGAAGUCAUAACAAACCGGUAAAAUCAAUAACAUGUUCUGCUCCUCAUUAACAUUUAACUCUGAAAAGACUUGCCUUGUCCUUAAAACACAUGUUAGUGCCGAGUGGGAGGUCAGAGGUUCAUUCCCCUGGGCCAGACCAGCACUCAGGGUCUUAACAUAACUGAGAAAAGAAGGAACUGUUUUUACCAUGCAAACAGCUAGACCUUUGCGUAGCUCAGAUAACCAUCACAGGAAAAAAUAAACGAUUCCCAUUUUUGGAUAUUUUAGGGUAUUUAAAGAAUACCCACAAAAAUCCCAAAUUUGGAAGAGUGAGACAAGUCUCAACCAGGGAACUUGGUUGGGAAUUCCCUGGUUGGGACUUGUCUCACUUUGCCAAAUUUGGGAUUUUUAUGGGUAUUCUUUAAAUACCCUAAAAUAUCCAAAAAUGGGAAUCCGUUAUUUUUUCCUGUGCAUGUAAAAUGGUGGUCCAGUCUCCUUGAGGAGAUGUAAAAUACACAAUGUAGUGUCCCCAGUUAGUACCCUUGUGCUAAACACAAAGACACUCAAGUGAAGUGUAUUUUGAAUAUUUUUUGAGCACCAGUUUUACUGAGUCAAUAUUUGUGCUUUAUAGUGAAGCCAGGUCAAGAGUACACCAGUAAAUUCUAUUAAUGAAUUUAUUACAUGAAACCCCUGAGCAAUGUCAUUUCUUUGCUCUCCAUAAGUGAAUGGAUUCACUUGCCAGUAAGUUGAAAUCUAUGACAGCAUGCAUGUAGCUUUCUUUGUGAACUUAAUACCGUAUUUAUUCGAUUAACCGCCCUGGGCGCUCAUUAAAUUUUUGGACCUUGAGAGUGGGCGCUUAUUCAAGGCUGGGCGCUUAUUAAAUUUUCACCAUUCUCAGCAAGUGUAGUAGUAUAUUUUGCAACAAAACAGUAAUAACAAAAAGAGAAGAUGUAAGAAAGCAAGGUUUCUGUACAAUACCCGGGUCUUCGGGAGGGUCUCUUACUGACCUCUUAUUGGAGUUUUUCUAGGAGGGAGUGGGGUGGGGUGGGGUGGGGUGGGGUGGGCACUUAUUCAAGGCUGGGCGCUUAUUAACUUUUUCUGCCUUUAGGAUGGGCGCUUAUUCAAGGUGGGUGCUAAUUUGAGGUUGGGCACUUAUUCGAAUAUAUAGGGUAUAAACAUUUCUAGCUAUUAAAGUGUGAAAGAUUUUUCAAUCUGACUGAAUGCAAAGAAGUUGUAGCCUAAAAUUCCCUGCUUUAAAUAUGCAUGCUGAAAAGCUGAUCUGAAAUUGACAGAACAAUGUAUUUACCACGACGGCUAUAAAGGAUUCCGCUUUUAAAUGAUCAGUUCAUUAAGAUAAUCUGUGUGGUACAGUGUACUUAUAUGCUUGACCUUGGAUGAUUGUUAUUAAUACACUGUAUGUGUCAUCAGCUUGAUGUUAAGUCGACUUUAUGCAAAUUAAAUAUGGGACUUAAGCUCUGAUUAAGCUUUAACCAGUAAAACAAGUUUGGGGUGGAGGCCUGUUGCUGACUCAGCAAUAAUUAUGACAGUUUAGUGCUAGUGGUCAUUUUAUUAUUUUCAUCUUAGAUCAUGUAUACUGCAUACACUGUAUCCGGGCCAGUCUAGUACCGUAUUUACCCGUGUAUAAUGCGCACUUUUUUUCCCUGAAAUCGAUCUUCAAAUUUACGAUGCGUAUUAUACACGGAUUCCAUUAUUUGGUCAAGAUGAUGAUGGAAGUUUUAAUUGUUGGUGUUUAUCUUGAAAUCUCUUUUUUUACAAUAAAGUGGUAAAAAAUUAGGGUGCGUAUUAUACAUGGGCGCGCAUUAUACACAGGUAAAUACGGUACUUCAUAAAGAUUGAAAUAAAUAGAUUAAUAAUAAAUUAUACAGCCAUUGGUAUUGAUUUUUUUUAAAUAGAAUGUAAACAACAAUGUUUGAUCCAUUAUGAUCAUGGGUAGAUUAAAGGACAUCCACACACUCCCCUCCAACCUUAAAUAUUUUUGUACAAUUUUAGUUUCAGUUUUAGCACUUUUAAAACAUUCUCUUACAAUUCAUCGCUCAAAGCCUUUGCUUUGAACACACUUAACCUCAGCUCAUUCCUCCAGCAUUUCAAAAAAAAAAAAACUAUUUCAAUGACCCUGGUGAAUGUUUUUCUUGAAGGGAGGGACAGUGUGGGAGGACAGGGCCAAGCCCUUAUCAGGCCUUUCAGCUAAGUUAACUACAGUUUUGUUAUUAUUUUCACAGCCAUGGAUUUGUUGUUCAUGCUAAAUUUGAGGCCAACAACCUGGCUUACACAUCACACAAUCUCCCGCUCCAUAUUGACUUGCCUACAUAUGAUUAUCCUCCUGGGGUAAGUUAUAAUCUAUUAGGCAUUUGGGGGGCCUCUUAAAAUCUUUAAUAGGCUGCGAGCAAGCUCUCCAAUUAUGUAGGUGAGGGAAGUGAACCGCAAGAGAACAAUAUGUGCGAGAGCGGGGAAGCCGCAUGUUCCCGUCCCUCACACACUUGUCUCCUUUCAUGUGCAGCUCAUGCGUGACUUCUCACGACUCCCCCAAAUAGAGAGCUUGCUUGAAGGCUCUAGCCUCCCACACAGACAUUCUUAGGGGUUCGUCACGCGUUCCUGGCCCACAAACUUCUGCUGAACCGAAAGGUAAAUAAUUCCUUUCUCAUUGUUCGCAAAUAUCAGCUGGAGAUCACAUGCAGAUUAUCGAGAGAUCCAAUCGGCGCUGUUUAAGUCAAAGAGUUGACAAGCCAAACACAUACGUACAAACUCUGUAGAGUGUGAUACGUGACCAAAGAUUUUUGCUCCGGACGAGAAUCUGGGAGAUGAGCGAUAGUUUGUUGUAUAUUUCUCUCUGUAAAGGCUGGAUUAGACGUUGUUUGCUCAUAAAGUUGUUCUUUGGGUGAUGCAACGGGGGAGUUACCUUGUAAGACUGAACAAAAGGCAGAAUUUUUUUCACACGUUAUUGUUUUGUAGUAAAGCCGACUUCCGUUCAGCAAAUUUAACCUCCGAGGUAAUUUUUUUCAAUGAGAUUGUGAGGGUAGCCACUAGUAAGAAUGCUUGUGAGUUAACUGAGUAGUUUGUUCUAAAACUGUAAGGUCUUCACCUUUCAUGAGACCUUUCUGAUCUUUUCUGGGGCUAUUAGUCAAGCACGAAAUUUCUUAAGGUCCAAAGUGCACUUCUCAGAUCUGGAAGUCUGCUGUGAUUGGUCUGCAUUUUUUUUCGCUCAAUUCAGCAGAUGUUCAUAGGGCAGGAACAUGUGACGAACCCCUAAGAACGUCUGCAUGGGAGGCUAGCAGGCUUAAGCUUUAAGAACUGUUAUUCUCUGUGAGCUGGGAUAUUUCCAUUUUUAAGAGCUGAGUUGGGAUCAACUUGCCCCUAUAUAAUUGCCCGUCCUUGAUGCUAAUGUAGCGUCCCCUACCACCACCUCAAUCCUCAAUGCUACUGAUUAUGUACAGGAAGCUAAUGCAUAGAUCUUUCUCACUGUGGUAAUUGAGGUAUCAAUAAACAGACCUUCGCGGUUCACUCAGCUGGAUAAGGGAUGGUAUACUGGGGGAAGAGGUUGCAGGCUUUUUAGGCUUCUUUGAUAAGGAAGAUAGACCGCCUGCCCCUUAUCUCACAACCCUUGAACAUAAUCAUAAUAUAUUAACUAUGGGAUGUUAAAGAACCCACACACUGGUCUUAGAGAGUAAAGAGCAUAGUCUCUGCAUUAGGGUCUCAAUUUCAAAUUCACGUUACAGGACAUUGAUAACUUAUUACUUCAUUUAUUGUUAACUGCACCACAAACAGUCUGGCAAGAGCCCCUGACACAGACCAAAGAGAUAAAGUAACUGUCAUAAAUUAUCCCUGAAAAAGGGCUGAGCUGGAAAUGGAUAAUUGAAUUUCCAAUAAAUUUAAAAAAAGAGAGAUUCUUUGUCACAGAAUAUUGUUAUAAGUAGCUUCUAAUAAUAGGUUUAGGACUGAUUAUACAUGUAUUAUGUUUGUGCUGAACCUAGCAAAUAAUGCUGAAGAGCUAUUAGUCUUUGUUUUCACCCAUUAGCUUUAGAUCAAGCAAGUGAAGUUCAAGGUUUAACUCAACUGGGCUACAGAAUGUUGUAAAUUUGGUUCUGAAAACCUUUUUCUGGAGAAUGUAUAUGUAAUUAUCGUAUUAUGUUGAACUCGACUAUAAUCACUUUUCUUUAUUUACACAGGCUCAACUUCUUCACUGCAUUGAGCAAGCAACAGGUGAAGGAGGAGCAAAUCAGUUUGUUGAUGGAUUUCACAUCGCAGAGGUGUUAAAAGAAGAGGAUCCAGAAACAUUUGAGCUCAUGGCAACCACAAGAUUUCAGUUUGUUGACAUUGGGACAGAUGUAUUCGGUGAUUUUCACCAAAAAUAUACAAGACGUGUUAUAGAGUAAGUGACGCAGCGCAGUGCAGUUGCUAGUUAGCGCUGUUUUCACAUUAAAUUGGUAAAUUGAGUAAAUACAGUCAAUCCUUCCAUUAGCAACCACCCAGAAUGUGAAGAUGUAGUUGCCACCAAAAUUAUUGACUGGCUGAGAAACAAUCAUACUGGGCAUAUCAGAUCGUAUAGGCCUGUUAAUACUGGGACAUCAGGAGGUGUGCCCCAAUAUCUAUGCCUUACUUUGCAUCCAAAUUUCCUAAUAAAAUACAAAGGCAGUGUAUAGUACAGUGGUUUAGCUUACACCAAGCAGAGGCCUCGUGGACUUCUUAAAGAGCCUCAAUUUCACACUGGCUAAAAGUACCGAACCUCUGGUACAGCUGCCAGUGGCCACCAUCUUGGGUACACUGUACUCAAAGAGGUUCUGUUUGCAUUGAUUUACAAACAUUGUUAUUCUUGUCAGCGAGGACUCUAUUAACUGGCCACUUAAUUUGUGGUUCUAGAAAACAUCUACAGUGUCCACCUCCUCCCACCCCAAACACCCUUGUUGUAUGAAAUCAUUAGAAUUCCCCCAGGGGAGGGAAACUUACAGGCCAAAGGAAUCAUAGUACGAGCCUAAAUUCUUAUUUCCAGAGAAGAGGAUUGUUCAAACUAAAGAGUUCUUCACGGAAUGGAGAGGGCAUAUUUUCCACCACAACACGGAAAAGGGUUAAACCUCCAUGGCUGUUUGUGAAACUUAUGGUGCGAGGUGGGGGUAAGGGGGGGAGAAAGGGGGGGGUAUUGGUAAGUUUCUCCCCCGCCCCCCUCCCCCCCACCUCACGCCAUAAGUUUCACCAACAGCCAUGGAGGUUUAACCCUUUUCCCGUUUUUAACUGAUUUCUACUCAUGGCCAGAAUUUAAUUUCACGCACGCGCGGUAGCAGUGAAAAUUUUACAAUGAAAAUUUUACAAAGAAAGGUGGGAUAAGUAAAAUAAUUUGUGAUACAGCAUGUCGUGCGAUAUACCUAAACACUAGGUUACGAUUGAGGCUGAAAGGUUGACUUAGAUCUUAGCUUUGACAAACUUAAACUCCUGCAUUCAAAUCUCGAGCUUCCCUGAAUGGAAAUAAAAAUACGAAAAAUUUACCUGCGUCUUCUAUUGCAAAUGGAGCACUGCCUCCUUGAUUAACCUCUUUUCUUCAGCAAUUAAUGACAAUUCCUCUGGGAAACUCUAAGAGGUUGCGAUUAAAUCUUCAUGUACAAAGUCUUAUCUUUCUAUCGAGAGUUUUUUUGUCCACUGAAAAAGCAUAUUCUUCCUUCCCACGUUUAAAGAAUUUGGAGUUAAUUCUAUUUUUAAAUACCCUUCUACUACACGGCUUAAAUCCAAGAUCUUCGCUCUACAAUAUCUCGGCCAAAAAUCAUCUAAAUUGUCUCCAAAACCUCUUCAGUGUUCGAAAGCUUAUUUCUUUGAGUUUUCGUCGCCAUUUUUGGUUGUGGCAAUAUUUUUGAUCAGCGGCCUUUAUUUGACCAUAAACCACUAUGUAUUUGACCACUCGAACUUUCCGAACAUUAUGAGCCCGAGAAUCACAGUAAAAACCAGCGGUUAAAAGCAUUGCGAAACAGUCUGAAUGUAAGUGGCGCGAAAUUUGAGGAGCGAGAUUUUUGGACAUGUUUUUAAUCUGUGGUUAAAGGUGGUGUAUGACAUUUGCAGACUGCAGACCGCAGACUGCAGACUGCAGACUGCAGAUUGGAGAUUGUAAAUUAAAUGACACCAACAAUCUUCCUAAUAAAGGUGACGUCUUCAAAAAUAUAAAAUCGUGUGAAAGUGAGAAAGUAGCCUUGGGAACAAGGUUGAUAUUUUUGUACAAAGUUACAUUGGCCACAUUCCCAGAAUGCUGUUGGCUAUUCUUCACCGAUCCUUUAUCAACUCACCCGGCAUAUCACUAAUAGGCCAUUUUACAGUUAUGGAUGGAAGCGAGGGUGAGGGUGACCUUGUUUUGAUACAAACCUUCUUUGCUUUGUUAUGGAAAUUGUUCUUGAAAAAUACUAGUAAGCAUAAGAAUAAAUUGAUUUACAUGAUAAAGCAGGAAGGUUUGUAUCAAAGCAAGGUCACCCUCAGCCUCGCUUCCAUCCAUAACUGUAAAAUGGCCUAUUGCGUUGAUUCUUUAUUCUUAUUUGAUUAUCGUCAAUUGAUAAUGACAAGUAGCAAUGCCCACUAAUGCCUGUCUAAAUAGUAGUCUUCUGUAAAAAAAAGGUUUUUAGAUUGCGAGCCGCUUCGUAGGAUAGAUCAAGGACAUUUAACACCUUUUAAAUGACGUAUUUCAUCUUAGCAGUAUUUAGGGAUAUGCCAAAUAAUUGAAGACGAACGGAUCCUAUCUGGACUCGACGAAUUACCAGAAGUGCAUUUUGAAUUUCUGAAUAGGCAAAUCAUUGCUCAUACUCAAGUCCUAGUACACUGGUGGGGCCCCCGUAGAAUAGGGAUUCCGGCGCUGUUUCACAGACAGACUUAUAGUUUAGUUUCGUCUGUGGUGCAGGCUAAAUUGCUAGACUGUUGCUAUGGAUUCAUGAGCAAGUUUGUGACAUCGGCAGACAUUAUUCUGCUCUGAUUCAAUACGAAAAGAACAGCCAACAGCUCCUUUAGGAAUGACGUGGGUGUAAUUUGCGUGAAAAAUGUAAACUUCGCUUCUAGGCCUUACUUUUCGGAACAAGGUAAUGUUGAUGAUGACCACCUUUAUUACGAUAUUUUUGGUUUCAUUCAAUUUACAGUCUUGUUGCCUCAUGCAGUCUGCAGUCUGCAGUCUGCGGUCUGCAGUCUGCAGUCUGCAAAUGUCAUAUACCGGGUUAAAGGACAGGUUAAGGUAUUCUUAUGUUUGUUUUAGUUUCAGUUGCAACGAAAGAAAAGUAUCCUUUGAUGAUAUAUGAUAUUUCAAGAAUAUACUACAUUGCUCAAUAUUUCAUCUGUAAUUUUGUUGCUUUACUAUUCUUACAGAUUGGAUGAGAAUGAACAGAUCGUCCGUUUUAUUUUCAACAAUCAUGUCCGCGAUUCUGUUAUGGCAUUCUCGCCGGAGAAAGCUGUCCAAUUAUAUGAAGCCUGGCUCAAGGUCGGCAGAAUGCUGAGACACCCAGCCAAUCAAAUUGAUUAUAAGCUGUCACCCGGCGAAAUGAUAUCGUUCAAUAACACUCGUGUGUUGCAUGGACGAUCGGCUUUCAGGGUCACUGAAAAAUCCUCGCGCUUUCUGCAAGGGGUGUACCUUGACUGGGAUCUCAUUUAUUCACGAAUGAGGGUUUUGGCCAAACAUUUUAACAUUCCAUUUGGAAUCUGA